CCCUACAUUAAUACAGUCUGCAGUCAGAGGCAGCAUCAUGUAUCCGUCAGAUAUAACUCCAAGUCCGACGGUCGAGCAGCUGCGUUACAUUGUCAACAACUACCCUAUCAUCGAUCACCACACCAGUAACCUUAUCCUACCAGCCUUUGGCGAUGCAAUCCCCUUCGAGUCCAUCACGUCGGAAGCUCAAGGAAGAGCGCUUCGCGAUGUCCCCAAGUCACUCGCUCAUCUGAGAGCCUCACGCCAACUUCGCCAGCUCUAUGAAUGUUCUGAUGAUGCUGAUUGGGCGGACAUCCUUGAACAGCGACUCGAAUGGCUCAAAUCCAAUCCAGAACGGCUCAGUCAACGCUGUUUCGAAGGCGUGCAUGCAUUACUCGUCGAUGAUGGAAUGCCCGGGCCAGAUAGAGUCUACCCCUACGAUUUCCAUGAUCGGUAUAUGAAAGCACCUAGCAAAAGGAUCGUCCGUAUAGAGACGGUAGCUGAAAGCUUGAUGCAAAUAAUACUGCGCGACGUACCAGAGACCGCUCUCGAUCAUGCCAGUUUCUUCACAGACACGUGGGUGACUUUCACAGAGGAAUUUGAAAGAGAAAUUAUCCAAUCUGUACAGGAUCCUUCCGUUGCAGGCUUCAAGUCCGUUAUAUGCUACCGCUCUGGGUUAGACAUCGAACCAGACUAUCAGCAAGCAGCGCAAGAAGUGGCAUAUCCUUUCGAGCGGUAUGUGGAGCGUUGUUUAACCAAGAAGAAGUUUCGUAUCAAUAGAAAGCCCCUCAAUGAUUAUCUAGUGCUGAGGACGCUUGAGGUGUUGUCCGAGCAGCUGACUCACCCUGAGGCCUUUUCGAAGCCAUUCCAAUUACAUACCGGCCUAGGAGACAAUGACAUAAGCCUUUUACAGUCGAGCCCGGCUUAUCUACAGCCCCUCAUUGAGGGCUACUCGAAAGUCCCAUUUGUAUUGCUGCAUGCGUCCUAUCCUUAUACAAGAGAGGCCAGUUACCUUGCCACUGUCUACAAACACGUUUAUCUUGACCUUGGCGGUGUGUUCCCCAUGCUCAGCAAAGACGGCCAAAAGACUGUAUUGCGUGAGUCUUUGGAAAUCGUGCCAGGCAGCAAACUAUUGUUCUCGUCGAGCGGACGGGUCUUUCCAGAGACAUUUUGGCUGUCAAACCGGCAAUUUAGAGAGGUUUUGUUAGAGCUGGCCAUCGAGUACAUCAACAAUGAUGAUAUUACACCGCACCAAGCUAUCUCUCUGACAAAAGAUAUCCUGUUCAAUAAUUCCAAUGUUCUCUACGACCUCAGGUACGAAGCGGUAUUUAACGAAGUGCCAUUGAUUCAGGGGCAAAUUGCGUACGAGUCGAGAGACGAGCCGGUGUCUGCCGCUCCAAUGUCAUCCGCCUCAAACCCUCCCACCCUUGCGACUGGAAUAAAUCGAACAGCAUCUCGUACACCCGAAGGCGGUUACGAGCCGCCUCCAUUCCCACCCCCACCCAAAGAGCCUCAAGUCUACGAUGCUCAACUACUAGACAGGUUCUUAGCGCAACACGAGAAUGUCAAAUACGUCUACGUCCAAUGGCUCGACUACCUGGCGAGCAUUCGAUCACGCAUUGUACCAAUCAAGGAAUUCUAUCGUAUGAUACGUUCUGGAAGCAGAAUCAAGAUACCUUCCGCCAAGAUUGGAAUGCUUCAGCACGAGUCAAUUCCUAUCAGACAAAUAUAUGUGGAGGCUGAUCUUCGUUCACUGCGAAGAACACACGAGAAAGACUCCUUACCAUCUGCAACAGUUCUGUGCUUCUGGCGAGAUGAAUCUGGUCGGCCAAUUCGUGAAUGCCCUCGUACAAAUCUCGAGCAUCUCGUUGAUAAUCUCAAAUACAAUCACAACAUUGCUUUGCUUUGUGGAUUCGAGAUAGAUGUUACAUUCCUCUCGCGCAACCCCCUUGACCCGGAACAACCAUACUCACCAAUCAUGGACACGAACGCGCAAGAUGCCAUUACUCCAGAACAGUGGAUCAAACUUCCCUUCCUCCCAGAAAUAGUGUCCUCCUUGUCGGGAAUGGACAUUGAGCUACAACAAUUCCACGCCGAAUCCGGACCUGGGCAGUAUAAAUUCAUCCUGUCACCGCAAUCGCCACUUGCGGCCAUUGACUCUCUCUUACAAGCACGCCAAGUCAUUCAUCAGCUCGCUGCUUUGCAUGGGUGGAGAGCGACGCUACACCCUCAACCAUUCGCAGGUAUCAAUUCAGCUGCAUGCUUGCAUAUCUCUAUCGAUCCGCCUUCAAAGGAUAUGCAAUUUUUUGCGAAUGGCAUUGCGCAUCACUUGGCUUCCAUUCUUGCAUUCACCAUGCCUGAAGCCGAAUCGUACAGGAAGAUCGUGGACGACCCAUGGACGACUGACAAAUGGCAUACUUGGGAGCAAGACGAUAUCAAUAUCCCACUUCAGCGUAUAUCACCUGGACAAUGGGAUAUACGCUGCAUGGAUGGGUUCGCAAAUGCGUAUCUCGCGCUUUCUGCCAUCAUCGCGGCUGGAUCUCUGGGACUUGUGGGGGAUAAGGGCGGUGCUGGAUCGCAAGACGCAGAGUAUGAAUCGUCUCAUGUUGUGGAGAGCAAAGUGCCUUAUGAGAUGCUUGGGGAAUUGCCGGAGACGGUAGAGGAGGCGAUGCAGGUACUUGGUGAAGACGAAGACUUGCAGACUGCACUUCCAGAGGGUUUGGUGGAGGAGUACCUGUUGAGUAAGAAGAGGGAUCAGGAGAUUUCGGGGCAGAUGGAAGCUUCGAAACGGAGGGUAUGGUUGAUUGAGAGAUACUAG